AUGGCGGAUAGUCUGAAUCCAUUUGGUGAUUCAGAUGCUACAGAAGUUGAAAUUGAUGAUGAUAAUGAUUUUGUAUCUGAUUUUCCGCCUCGCCCAACCCAAGUUCAGCGUCAAGAGGGCAUAGAUAUAUCCUGGGAUAGUAUUGCAGCCAAACUACUCAGAGACAAUUAUAUUUUAACAGCAUUAGAGCUUUACACCGAAUUUAUUGAAUCAGGAAGAGAUCUUCCUCGACUCAGAGACUUCUUUUCAAAUCCUGGAAACUUUGAAAGAACCAAAGAAGACUUACCAUCUCCAACUUUGCGUACGUUUAAAAUCAAUGUUUGAUUAAAGAUUCAAUAAAACACUUUUUAUCUUAAAACUUCUCUAUCCACAUAGUACUAAAAUCUGUUAACAUUAAUUAUUAAAUUUAAAUUAUUUAAUACAUAUAAAUUGAAAAUUGGCUAUAGACUAUAUGAUAUAUAGUAAGAUUAUUAGUAUUAGUAUAUGACUAGUGUUAAUUUGGCGCGCCACUUUGAGUUGCGUUGUAGGAUUCUCUCCCUUUUGUUGAUUCAUGGAUUGUUACUAGAGUUUAAUUUUCUUUUUUUAAUAUAAAAUUAAUACGCAGUUGGAAUGUUCUUAAUUAAUAUUUCAUUGGGUGGUUAAUUAUAAUAUUUAAAACAGGAUUUAAAAGAAGGCUAAAUUUUCCGGCAUCUUGCAUUUAGUAUGGAUUUUUCUGACAACUUUGGAUUUUAUUUUUGGUGGAACCUGCAAUAAAGUGUAUAAAAGUAUAUUCUAUGAAACUGUAAGUUGGGUUUUCAUUAUUUAAAAAAUAUUUUGUAAUGUAUUUCUUUAUUUUUACACUUUUCUGACCACAGUGUGAAACCGAAGCACACAUGUUUUAGUGGAGGGAAGGGAUCGACUGCAGGUCAUUGAAAAUUCUUACCGUAUAUGUAGAGGACAAAAUAAAGUGGCUACAUUUGUCACAAAAUUAAUGAGUAGCAGCUGAAAUUACUCCAGGAAAGUGGGCGACUAUAUAAUUUUAAAGUUUUGUUCCUCAGUUCCUAUUUUCGCAUUUCUCAAUUACUAGCUAAAACAUCAGAUUCUCUCUCUAUCCCCAAACCUUUUUAGGUACGUGUGUUGCCACUACUUUUUUUUAUUUUACACUGCUGCCAUCUUGGUAGCAAUAACACAUAAUGCAACCAAGAUGGCAGCAGUAAGAAAUGAAUGGCACGCCGAAUCAACAUGUACCUGAUAUUACUAUUACUACUGACUCAGUGACUGUUACUAUUGUUGAUUAAAAGUAUAGUAAUGUAUAAGAUGUCGUAGUGAUUUACAGUUGGUACUUCUGUAAAAAAUUAAGAAAUUUCCCCAAAAUUUUAAAACUGCAGUUUUAUAAAUCAAUUUUUUAAAUUAAAAAUUGAAACCAACAUAAAUUUUCUUGCUUUAGUUAGUUGUUUUUGAACUAAUUUUUUUUUAAAAUGUGAGUUUGUUUGUCAUUUUUUACACUAUGGACUGGACCUGCACAUUUUAUGACAUAGUUCUGUUGUUUUCAUCUAUUUCAGAAAGCUUUAUAAAUGCAAAAUUUUCAUAUUUUGAAAACAAAAGAGCUUGUAAUGUAAUGUAAUUUAUUUAUAAAUACUUCUAAAACAUAAUUUGAGUAGUGGACAUUGAAAAUUAAACGCAAUUCUAUGAGCCAGAUGUUAUUUUGUGGCAUUUGAGUGGAGUGGACGGUGCAGGGAUAAUGAAAUGAGGCAGGGGUGGUCAAACUACGUCCCUGCAACUGAUAUUAUGCGGCACUCGAAGGCAUUUAGAAAUUUAAUAAAAUACUUUGUUUUUAAAUAAUUUUGUUGAAUUUUACAUAAUUUCAUGUACCUUUAUGAUUGUUUUAACAUUUUUUUAUCAAAUUUCUUUCUAGUUAUCUAUUUUUUUUAAACAGUCCUUGAUUUUUGUCAUGUAAUGCUAAAAUGCCAAUGGUCUGAUUUUAAUAUAGAGUAAUGUUUAUCGACAUGUAAAAAUUGGACAUAAUAUACAUGCGGCCCCUCAGUAGCUUUACAUUAGUCAAUGUGGCCCUCCGCACAAAAAGUUUGCACACCCUGGAAUAAGGGAUCAUGUACAUAAUAUAAUAUAGUCCACCUGGUCAUGAGCAGAGGCUACCACACGUUUUAUAUCUCAAUAUUUGAUAAAAAUAUCAACCAAUUAAGGCUCCUCUUCGUUUUAAUUUAAUUAUAUACUUUUAACCUGGAGUCUCACAUACAUGCUAAUUAUUACUUAAUUUACUCAUGACAAAUUAAAUGUAGUGUGGAUUGCAAAAUUGCUAAGAUAUAUAUGGGAAUGUAGAAUCAGAUGCCUUCAAAACUGUAAGUGUAUAAUGAGUUUAAUUAUUAAGAAAAAAAGUUUUAAAAAUUAACAAUAAACACAACCUGUUUAAAUUUAAAAGUAGAUUCUACCUGCACCGACGCAUGUUGUGGAUACAAAUUUAGUAAUGAUCUUCUUUACUUUAUCAAAGUACCUUUUUAUAGUCACUAAACAAGUCAAAUGACAGUGAAACAUACUAUUAUAGGAUAAUGUCUUCUGAAAAUUACCAUUUAUAGCAUACAUGCACAUUGGGCAACUUGUUAUGCCCAAGUAUUUGUCUGUCUAAUAAGAUACAAUAAUAUAAAAUAUUUAAAUUGCCUUAUUAAAUGGUCUUAAUGCUAAUAAUAUCUUGUUUUUCAAAUUUAUGCAGACAUUUAUUUUAAAAACUGAGAGUGCUACACGAUAAUAACAAAACAAUUGAUUUAAAAAAAACAACAGCCCAAAUCUAUAACUGUUAGCAAGUGUAGUUUUCUCCCUAAGAAAAUCUUGAAAAAGUUGUUAAUAAUGACAGAUAUCAGUAGUUUUAUUUAAUUUUAGUUUAGGCUAUAUCUAAUUAUUUUUGGAAAUUAAAAUUUUAAUGAUAAGAUAACGAAAGCUAUGUACUUUUUCUGCAGCAAGAACUUCAAGUGUACAAACAUUUGACUCACUAGAUUUUGCCCGUUAUUCUGAUGAUGGUGAACGACAAGUUGAUGAGCGUGUUGCUGGUGAGAUUUACUGUAUAUACUUGUGUUAAAGUUCAGAAAUUUUAGUCGUAAACUUCAUUUAUCCAUGGUUCUUUGCUAGUUUUGAUAGAAUUUGUACUCUGAAUACGGGGCAAUGUCGACUUACUGGUAGGGCAAGUGUACUCAACAGUAGCUGUACGUUGACCCAGAUAUGUGGUACACACAGACAAAAACAGCUGUUGAUGCUGAAGUGAAAUCUGUUACCAAGUCACGUGUCAUCGCUGACUUCUGAGUCCGUCAGCAUAUAGUGUUGAGAGGCGAGAAACUGAUUUAAAUUGUUGGCAUGUCACUUCAUACCACCGACUGCAAGAGAGUGUAGGCCUAAUCACACUAGCUAUAGUUUAGUGUACAGUGCAGCGAUUUUUGCUAGGUAAAAAUCUGACAAAAUGAUACAAAUCACAGAAUUUCAUAGCCCCAAGAUUUAUCCUUGACUUAUCCACGAGUCAUAGCAUAUUUCUUGAUGUUUGACUUUUAGAGGAAUGUGUAUGGUAAUUUUACUCAUGGAAAUAAACAUUUUUUAGAAAUGUUUCUACACUGUAUUAUAGAAAUGUUAAAAAAAUUUGAACUCUCAUUCUGUUGAAAAAAAAUAUUUAGUGGAUUAAUAAAUUUGUAACCAAUUCUCUAACAGUUCUAGAAUUUGAAUUGCGUAAAGCACAAGAAACCAUAAAAUCAUUACGUGCAAGUCUUACCCAACAAGCAGGUUUGUAACUUUUCUUUAUGAAUUAUUAUAUUUUUAAAAAGCAUCCUAUUAAAAAUAGUAGUAAAUAAUUUUUCUCAUUUAUAUCAUAUUAAAUCUGAUAGAAAAUGUUCUUUAAAAUCCUUGUCCUUUAAGCCAAACCUUUGAUAGUCAAGUAAAAUAAAAAUUGUCAUCAUCAUGGUUCUAAGAGUUGUUCAGUUGAAAUUGAAAUUAGAUAAAACUUGUGAUAAAGACUUGUGCAGCUAAUCAGUCUGUUACUAAUCAUAAUUACGAAUUUCUUUUAUUUAGUUAUUCUAGGCCCCAGUUUCAUUAGAUCGUCUAAAAAAAACAAUAUAAAUAAUUCAUCUUAUUUUUCUGUAAGAGCUCUACUGGAACUAAAAUAUAUUAAAAAAAAAAAUUGUAUUUCAUGCUUCUGCCUUGAAAACAAUUUACCAGAAGGAAUAUGAUAGAUCUUUGUUACCAUUUGUAAUAUUUGAAAAAAAAAUUUGACUUGUGUACCGGUAAAAAUGUUUCAAACUCCAUGUAAUAUAAAUUUUACCCUUAAUAAUCUGCUGUUUAGUUGUAGAAAAAAAGAAAAUUGAUGCUCAUAAUUAUUUUAGCUAGUAAAACAUAAUGAAGCACUAGCGUUCCUUUCUUUUGUUCAGAAACCGAACUUUCAACACCUGAAAAUCAAUAUAAAGGAGGGCUUGGUGGUCAAGAAAGUGAUACAAUCACUCCAGUGGAAAAGAAAGCCUUGAACUUCCUAGUCAAUGAAUAUCUUUUACAAGCAAACUACAAAGUCACGUCUGUGACUUUUGCGGAAGAAAAUGAGGAGCAGGUUUGUUAUUUAUUAUUCAUAUUCUUUUAUAAGUCUUGAUCAUCAAUGCCAGUAUUUGAUGACUGAAAGCUACUAAUACCGCAUGCCAUAUCCCUAUAUCUUUUCAUUGUUAAAUGUUCAUCGACCUGUUAAGUUUUACCUGCAAAGAAAUUUUGUGUUCUUUCCUAGAACUUUCUAAAUAGCUGGGGUUACUAAUUUAAAAAAAACCCAACAAACUUAGAGUCUUUAUUUUUUUUAUCACAGGAUUUUGAAGACUGGGAUGAUGUAGGACUCAAUAUUCCAAGGCCUCCUGGCCUGGUUCAUCUAUUUAAAGAUUAUAGCAGCCAUGUUGCCCCAAAUAAAGAGAUGACAGAUGUAGGAGUUGGAGUAGACUUUCAGAAGGAUGAAUUCAAUCAUCUUGAGACUGAAUGGAAGUCAAGAAUUGAUAUUCUGGUUUGUGCUUUUUUGGAGAGUACAAUAUGUUGACUAUAAUAAUUGAGUGUGUUAUAGUUGGUAGAAUGUACAGAUAUUUAAAAUGAAAAUUUAAUUAUUUAAAAAAAUCACCAAUCCAUGCACAAUCUCUUACUUGCAUUUUUCUUAUUUAGGAAUCUCAACUGAUAUCUCUAGAUAAAAAGCUUAAAAUAUCGAACCAAGAAAAUGAAAUCUUAGCCCAACAAGUUGAAAUCCUAAAGAUGUAAGUCCUUUAUUCAUAUGGGGGGGGGGGAAGAACGUAUUUAUCAUUUUGUUGGAGGAAAUACUUAAGUCUUUUACUUAAAUAUAAAUUUUUGUCAGAUGAAUAUUCACUCUUAGCUGUUGUGCAACGAAUAUUGUGUGCAAUGUGUUUUGUUUGUUAGUGUAGUUAAUGAAUGCUUUUGGCACCAUUAGGCUUUGGCACCAUUAGGCUUUGGCACCAUUAGGCUUUGGCACCAUUAGGCUUGUGAUCUAUUUGUUAGUGUAGUUAAUGAAUGCUUUUGGCACCAUUAGGCUUUGGCACCAUUAGGCUUGUGAUCUAUUGUGACGUGAUUUUUAUGUAGCUGUGACUUUUAUGUACCUGUGAUAUGGUGUCUAUAGUCUGUCUUUGGUGUACAUGCUAAUCAUUGGGCAGUAGGAGUCUGAGCAUUGAGUGAGAAGGUUGUAUGGUAUUUCAGUAGUGGACUGCGCUCUAUUUGUUUGCAUUAUUGUAUGACGAGAUGUUACAGAAGCCUGGAUUAAAGUUUAUGUUGUUCUUGAAAUAGGACCUGUGUGUCAAUCAGAUUAAGACGUAUUAACAUGUGAACAAACUUGACGUGUGAAAACCAAUCAUUACUGAUCCCGACACUUUUGAAACUUCUUAUGAUACAAAUUUUAGUUUUUUGUGUGCUAAAUGACAUUUUUUUCCAAUGUUAGUUAUCAUUCACAUCAUCUAGACUUGCAGAAGUAAAUAAUGUAGGCCUAAAUAUACUUAUUUAUUUAUCGUUAUUUUGAAUAUUUGUUUUUCAGAGGUAGCACCCGUGAAUCUCUCCAUCAGUCAAAUACUGUAACCCCUUCCCAAAGAUCUGACACAAAUGUUGAACCAGGACCAAAAUUUGGCAGAACAUCAAGUACAGGCUCUGCAAAUGGGCCUCUCCCUGCUUCUGCUUCACAAACAGGGAGCAGUCAUAGGAACAGAUCUGAAGAGACUCACGUGGAACAUGAUCAGUCAAGUUCUCCUGGAGUGAUUGACAUUGUUGAUUCAUCUCUCAGCAACAAUGUCAUGGGAGAAAGAGAGGAAGGGGAGGGUCAGGAGGAGGUGGAGGGAGGCACGACACUGACAACUCUUGUGGCCCCAAGAGAGGAACUAGUCAGUAAUCAUUCACAACCUGAAAAUUCCAUACUUGAUCAUUCUAAACCUCUUGUGCAGGAUCACAAUUCAAGCGAAUUAAAAAACAGGUAAAAAAAUUUUUUUGUAAUUACAGCUUGCCACAAACAAAAUGGAUUUUCUUGACCUGCAAAUCAUUUGCUGGCUUAUUUCUUCUUCUUCUUCUUCUUCUUCUAUAUCUUAAGGGCUCACGAUCAAUUUAUUGAUCAUUUUGGCUCCUAUGCAUGUAGAUGGGAUUUGCAAUAUGUUUCUGUUACUGGUGUUGAUGAGGAAAUCAUGCACUAGGGGUUUGAAGGCUUGAGGCAAUAGACACAAAUGUGUCUAAUGUUGUCGCCUCAACUGUUCCUUUUGAAAGAUGGUUCCAGUCCCUGAUUGUCUUGGGUAGGAAUGAGCAGCUCCUAUACUGGCUUCUUGCUGGUAUGAGCCUGAAUUGCCUGUCAUGGCCUCGUCGCUGUCUAUGUGGGAGAGGGACGAGUUUCUGUUUAAUAUUAACCCUGUGAUUUAACCAUGAUUCAUUAUAUCCCUACUUUACUUCUUCUGUUGUCAAUUCACUGUCCAGUAUUAAAAGUAUUUAAGUUGACCAGGCUUUUUACUUGAUUUGGUGCUUACACUAAGACAAUUGCCUGACAGGACAUUUAGCACACCAGUUGGCUUGAAAAAACACAAACAUUUACCAGGCAUUAAAUGUCCAUCUGCCAAAAGCCUGACCACACAUUUUGACUGAGCACAAACAUUUACCAGGAAUUAAAUGUCCAUCUGCCAAAAGCCUGACCACACAUUUUGACUGAGCACAAACAUUUACCAGGAAUUAAAUGUCCAUCUGCCAAAAGCCUGACCACACAUUUUGACUGAGCACAAACAUUUACCAGGAAUUAAAUGUCCAUCUGCCAAAAGCCUGACCACACAUUUUGACUGCGCACAAACUGAAGUUGAAACUAAAUGCUUUUUAAAAAACACAAACUCCUUGGAUGAAGGUUUAUUUAAGAGAAAACAAAGUUAAGAAAGCUUGGACUAAAAGCUGUCUUCAGGUGACAUAUUACAUAAUCAAAUGUCAUGAUACAAGUAAUUUUGUUGUUGUCAGCUCUCUCUUGUAUAAUAGUUGUUGUUUAAGUAUGUUUAAUUCAAUUUUCACAACAGAUUUUUUAUUAUUUAACAAAUUUUUUUAAUCACUAAUUCUGUUCACUUAUUUUUAUUUUCAAUUAAUUAACAUUCUAAGCCCCGGCUAAAACUUACAAACUCCCAUUUCAGGCAAAUGACAUCUACAUUCCGUAAGGCACUUUUGGAUGUGGCUUUUCACGUGUCCCAAGAUAACCGCAUCGUUUCAGAGGUACCACAUUUGAAUUGGUUUUUCACUUUUUUUUAUUUAAUGAAAGUUUAAAGAAUCAUUUUAAAUAACAAUAAGUGUUAUUUUGUAAACUAAAGAUUGCUACCAAAUAAUAAUAUAAAGUCCUCAGAACUCUUGUUUAUUGACAAGUCUGCACAGCUCCAAUCACUGUCAUUAUAUUAUCAUUAUAUUCUGAUGAUUCUCUCAUUGUAGAUGUCAAAAAUCAGCCAUUCAGAUGUUCAUGGUGUGGUGAAAAUGCUUGCUAGAUGUCUACCUCAUAUUGUUCCUAAUGUUUUGCUGGCCAAAAGAGAGGUGAUUCUAUUUUCAUUAAAAAUAACACAUUAAAAACCACACGCUUGAGAUGCCAUGUUAUUUCUUUGGCUCAACAAACUGAAGCAUCUUCAUUUGCAUUUUCAUGCUUAGGAAUAAGCUUAAAGAGAUUUUCAUGUUUAAGAAAAAGCUUAAAGAAUUUUUUUUUUUUUUCAUGCUUAAGAAUAAGCUUAAUGAAAUUUUCAUGCUCAAGAAUGAGCUUAAGAGAUCUUCAUGCUUAAAAUUAAUCGAGCAGGUUUAAAAAAAAAAAAAAUUGCAAUUUAGUGCUGCACACAAAAAAGUGAUGUUUUUUUGUGUAUUUCUUUUACUAGGAGCUCAUUCCUGUGAUACUUUGUACAGCCAUUCUUCACCCAGAUCC